UGAGUGUCUGUACUGGGAUGGAAGCAGCUGCCUGGGGGGCGGGAGGCAGAGAAGGUGGCAUUCGCUCAUUUGGCAGGUCCUGUCUGCGUCUCUACUGUGUGCUGGUCUCCGGGCUGGACAGGGGAUCCGGUGGGGCACUGGGGCCAGGCCCCACCCUUCAGGGUAUGAUCUCAGCACAGGUGGGAGCUGGUCCCUAACCUGGUCCCUGGGCCACCUGCCGGGGAGGAGGUCAUGUCUGAGCAGCUGAACCUGGCUGCAGGCAACCUGUGUUGACCCUGGCUACAGGCCAGGCCCUGAACAGGACCCAUCAUCCCAGCAUCCCUGAGUGAUAAGAGUACAUUGGAAACUGGAGCCUAACAUGUGAUUGGCCACACACUGGGCCAAAAUUUGGGACCCCCUGCCUGGUGGUGGGUUUUGGAGUGGCUGCCGAGGCAAGGGUGGGCAGGGGCUCCCACUGCCCCUUCUCCCACCACUGCCCCUAUGACUAUGUGGACACCUGUUCCGGAAACUGGCCAUUGUUCCCACCAUCCUUCCUCCCCUCGGGCCCUUCCUGUUUGGAUCCCUCCCACUGCAACCCCCAACCCCACCCAUGCCAGGUGCUUCCCUAGGGGAACUCUGACCCACUGCAGGAAGAGGCCUGAACUGGGUUUUUUCCCCUCCCCAGAGAAAAAGAAGGAAUGGGAGUCAUAGGCCACCCCCCAGAUGGGGUGAGGAGCCUGGUAGGAGAGUGUACAAGGUCAGAGUCAGAGCCUGCGGCUUCAGCUGGCUCAGUCUUGUGGAGAGCCCUAUCCUGCUACUCCAGGCCUAUCCCCAUUUCCCCCAAUCACAUCAGGCCCGUAGCUGGAGCUGGAGCAUUAGGCUGGUGGCUUUGGAGCCUCUCCCCCUUUCUCUUGCCAGCCUAGGAAUCCCGUUCUGGAUUUUUUCUGGGACCCAUAUCUGCCUCCUGGGCCUGGGCCAGAGGCGGCUGCUGGUGCCCUGUUGAAACUUCAUGGCCAUAGCCCCAGGCCCUGCUGGCAUUGCCAUGGGCAGCGUGGGCAGUCUGUUGGAACGGCAGGACUUCUCCCCUGAAGAGCUGCGGGCAGCACUCGCCGGGUCUCGGAGCUCCCGCCAGCCUGAUGGGCUCCUCCGGAAGGGCCUGGGCCAGCGUGAACUCUUCAGCUACCUGCACCUGUCUAAGAAGGACGGCAAGAACACCAAGAGGGCCCCUCGGAACGAGCCUACCGACUAUACCACCCUCUACUACCGGGAGCAUCCUCGGGCCGGUGACUUCAGCAAGACCUCGCUGCCCGAGCGCGGUCGCUUUGACAAGUGCCGCAUCCGUCCAGCGGUGUUCAAGCCCGUGGCGGGCACUGGGAAAGGCUUCGUGUCCAUGCAGAGCCUGGCGGCGCACAAGGGUCAGAAGCUGUGGCGUAGUAAUGGCAGCCUGCACACACUGGCCUGCCACCCACCCCUGAGCCCAGGGCCACGGGCCAGCCAGGCACAGGCCCGUGCCCAGCUGUUGCAUGCCCUCAGCCUGGACGACGGUGGCCCCGAGCCCGAGCCCAGCCUAUCUGACUCCUCUAGCGGGGGCAGCUUUGGCCGCAGUCCCGGCACUGGUCCUGGCCCCUUCAGCUCCUCCUUGGGCCAUAUUAACCACCUCGGGGGCUCCCUGGACCGGGCCUCACGGGUCCCCAAGGAGGCUGGGCCCCUAGCUAUGCUGAACUGCCUGCCUGAGCCACCACCACCCUAUGAGUUCUCCUGUCCCACCGCCACCGAGGAGGUGGUGGCCGUGCUGCCCGACACCUGUGAGGAUCUCAAGAGGGGCCUUGGUGAUGAGGACAGCGCCAAUCCCUUCACACAGGUGCUGGAGGAGCGCCAGCGGCUGUGGCUGGCUGAGCUGAAGCGUCUAUACGUGGAGCGGCUGCAUGAGGUGGCUCAGAAGGCGGAACGCAGCGAGCGCAACCUCCAGCUGCAGCUCUUCAUGGCUCAGCAGGAGCAGCGACGGCUGCGCAAAGAGCUUCGCGCGCAGCAGGGCCUGGGCCCCGAGCCGCGGCCCCCCAGCGCCCUCCCAGAGGCCGACCCCAGCGUGCGACCCGAGGAGGAAGCCCGAUGGGAGGUGUGCCAGAAGACAGCGGAGAUUAGCCUCCUGAAGCAGCAGCUGCGCGAGGCCCAGGCGGAGUUGGCGCAGAAGCUGGCGGAGAUCUUCAGCCUGAAGACGCAGCUGCGGGGCAGCCGGGCCCAGGCGCAGGCCCAGGACGCAGAGCUGGCCCAGCUGCGGGAGGCGGUGCGGAGCCUGCAGGAGCAGGGGCCCCGGGAGGAGGCCCCGGGCGGCUGUGAGACUGACGACUGCAAGAGCAGGGGGCUGCUGGCCGAGGCGGGCGGCCCCGAGGCCGGAGGGGGUGGCGGGGGCGCCGAGCAGCUGCGGGCCCAGCUGGUGCAGGAGCGGCUCCGCGCCCAGGAGCAGGCGCUGUGCUUCGAGCGGGAGCGGCGGACGUGGCAGGAGGAGAAGGAGCGCGUGCUGCGCUAUCAGCGGGAGAUCCAGGGAGGCUACCUGGACAUGUACCGCCGCAACCAGGCGCUGGAGCAGGAGCUGCGCGCGCUGCGGGAGCCUCCGACGCCCUGGAGCCCUCGGCUGGAGUCCUCCAAGAUCUGAGGCCGGUGGAUGAGCGGGUGGCAGAAGCACCGCCAGAAAAUGGCUUGGACAAGCCCGCCCUGAGGCAGCUGGCUCCUUCCCUACACCAUUCUGAGGCAGAAGCUGCUGAAGCCGGCCAGGGGUGGGGAGGCCCACCGGGAGGAGGGGGUCCAGUGGUGCAGUGGGCUGGAUAGGGUGCCAAGCAGCAGGAGCCAGGGCAAGACCUCCUGGCAGAGGGGCACCUCGGUGGGGCCCAGCCCUGCUUUCUGGAGUAGAUGUGGCCGGGAGAAGGAAGUUGGGGAAUGAAGAGCCCCGUGAUACAGAAGGGCAGGCAGGAAGGGGGGGAGGCUGGGAUGGGAACAUUGGCCUCCCCGAGAAUAAAACCACAUUUUCUACAAGAAGGCCACGGGUGCUACAUAGGGCCUGUUCCUGCGGAUGGUUGGUGUUAGGGGCCCUUUACUGCACGGUCACGGUCAAUGGGAGGGUGUGCCCUCUGCUCCCGUGUGUGCAGCUGCUGGGCAUAUGUGUUAAAUUGGGAAGUGGAGGGAUCCUUGUACUGACUCUGCACGGCCCCUUAGCUGCCGUGUGGGCUGAAAUUCUUUUCUUCAGUGCCAGUGGGAUUUUGCAGAAGGAACAAUGCCAGAGAACCCAGAAAAACAAAAGGGCAAGUCAACCAAGGCAUUGCUAGAACAUGAAACAUUCUCUUGGUAGGAAGUCUGGGCCCUGGGUACCCAGCACCCUGCUGGGUUUAGGGCUGGCCUAAGACAGCUUCCCCUGGAGCCACCCAAAGGCUUCAGCAGGGACCUGCCCCUCCCAGAACGCACCUUCUAUCUCCAUCUAGCUGUGGCGUACCCACCGUCCACAGCGAUGGGAGGGGUGCAGGAAGGUACAGGAAGACAGGCAGAGAAAACUUGUGGAUGGGUUACAUGGUAAAGGGCCUGUACCACAGUGGGGAACAUGGCCAUUUCCCUGUAGCCACUGGAAGGCCAAGGGAUAUUUUUAAGCAGGGGUGAGAUGUGACCUAAUUUGUAUUCUGAAAAGCUCUGUCCUGAGAGGAAGCAGCCCUCCACCUCCAGCCCUGCACCAGGCUCCCUGACCGUGGGUUUCAGACCCCUAAAGCCCACUCCCACCCUUAACCUUUCAGCAGUCUGGUUUCCCCUCUGGGCUUUUGCUCCCUCUUGGAUGGGUGGCCUGGAGCACAGACCCAGUCUGGCAGGCAGGUGGCUAUUCCCCACUCCUUGCAGUAAAGUUCAGCAUUCUUAUGAGUGUGUUGCUGUAACUGCUGCCAGGCAUUGAGCACUUCCUGUCUUCUGUUAGGCCUUGGGUGCAUGGGGGCUAACAGUUGAAUUAGAUAGGCUUCCUGCUCCAAGGGAGUCAGCCCACAGACGUCUCCCCUUCUAGUUGCUGCGGGGCAGCAGCAACCUCUGAGCUGUUUCUUCAGCUCUCUGCAGAAACCCCAGUUUGCACCCUCCAGCCAUGAUUCCCCCUUCCCAGGGCAUGCCUGGCAGCCCCUUGGGCCCCAGCAGGUGGAUCCUGGUAGAGUGGCUGUGCAGGGGUACCUGCGGGGCUCUGGAGUAUGAGCUGAUGUGCCCCACCUUUUUUAGGGUGGAGAAUGGGGUGUGUGAAUCGUCUGCUGUGGGGAUGGUGUGUUUAUGGUCAUGUAAGUGGCAGGUGUGUGUGGAGCUGUCUUGGUGGUGGGUGUGUCUGGGGGUGUGUUUGGGGCUCCUGUGUUGGGAGGUCAGGAGGGCUGCUUCCUGGUUCCUCCUUCUGCUCUAUUUCUUCCCGCCAGCCGCAGCCCCUGUGGCUCUGGCCAGGCUUGGGUAGAGCCUAUGGCCAGGACAGACCCCUGCACCUAGCUGAGACCCAUCUAGAACCACCCUGAGCCUCGGUCAUCUGCCCCAGGGAGGGAAACUGGGAGCACUCAAGUGAGGCAGGCCUAUCUCUCACGGGCCUUGGAAUUUGUUCCACAGAUCCCUCCAAACCGAGGCCUCAGGGCCAGUCACCCUCCAGAAGGCCCUCCCAGAGCUAGAUGCUGACCUCAAGCCUGGGUCACUCCCUCCCCACAACCUGGAGCUGGUCAGGCCAGGUGCCCACAUGCUUGACAGUGGCUGGGGUCCACCUUUCAGUGUACCAUCUCUGCCUAACUCCCCACCCAGCAAUUAGAGAGCUGGGCCGGCCAGUACAGCCAGCGGGGAGUGGGUGGGCGGUACCAAAACUUGGCAGCUGUGCCAGAAACCAGGGCUAGACCCAGAUGCAGGGGGAAGGGCACAAGGGAGCUGAAGCUGGGGUGGCUCAGAGGGAACCAGAUCCUGUUAGCUCAUCCCUGCUGGGCAAACCAGUUCCCUGGUCCCCGAGCAGGCUGGGUGGCUCUGGGACCAGCUGAUCACAGGUGCCACAGCGGUGGCUCCUGCUUUAGAGUGGCCCCUCCCUCCAUUGCCUGGUGGGUCCCUCAGCUCCCCAGCUGUCCAGAGGCACUCCAGCAGACGAGGCUAAUUCUCCAGAACCCCCCCACCCUGUGUCCACAGACCCAUAGAUUUGCUGGUAUUUUGGUUUCUCUCCACUGGGCUGUGGGCAUUGCCAGGCAGGGCUGUGUCUUCUGUCUUGAUCCCUCAGAGUCUGCUCUGACUCCAGCCCAGAAGGCACUGGGGGACUCGAGUCAAGCCCCUUCCCCGACCCUUCCCUGACUGGCAUGGGUUUGAGCUGGGGGUGGAGUGGAGUAGGUGGGGAAGUCUCCAGGUCUGAGUGUUAAUUCACCAUUCACAGGCACCUGUGCCCAGACUGUGGCUGCAGAGCCGGUCACCAUCCCCUGCCUGGUGAGGCACUACAACGCCUCCCUGAGGGCCAGGCCUGGGUCUCAGAUGAAGAAGCCAUAGUGGCAAAGGCCCCUGCCCCCAUGACCCUUCCCUGUGGGUAGAGGAGGGAGAUAGCUCACAUAUAUGUCCAUGGUAGUGACAGGACGAGAAGAAUGCAAACAUAUACACACACUUCCCGCCACGGUAGCAAGUCAGCAGAGCACAGAGAAGUACAUUUCUCUGAGACUGAAGGUGGGGGUGGUGGCGAUCGGUAUUAGGGAGCCUGUCUUCAAAGAAGGUACCUGGCCCACAAUGACAGUUCAGACUGUAACUCACCACCCUAGUAGGUGGGGCUUAGUCCUCUAUACUGGAUUCAGAAAAGAAGAAUGUGUUAUUUCUUGCAACAAAACAAGAGUGAAAUAGGUCAUGAAAGGUGGGACAUGAGUGCCACGGAAUUCAGAGGAAAGCUGGCUCACUUUUCACUGCAGGUGAUGAGGGGUGUUUAUCUGGGGGAGGGUGACAACGAUUGACCACACUUUGGUCAAGUGCUUCUAACCUCUCUUUGCUCCUGACCUUGGAAGGUAUCCCUCCUGAUUAGUCCAGAUCUAGCAAGAUUCCUGCCAAGUUAGUUUAGCCAGAGUCCCCCAUCGGCCACAUCAGAUACCCUGUCAUCUUCCACCAUGCCCAGGUGGUGGCUGGCCUGCCUUCCGCAAGACUCCUGUGAGGUGUGUUCAGCCGGGCUGCCUCCUGACCCCUGGAGGUAUCCUCUUAGUAAUGUUUCAUCCACUGCCCCCCCUCCCCCUACCUGCUCCUUCACCAUAAAUUUGAAUUUUCCUUGUAUUUGGAGUUGAACCCACUCUCCCCCCCCCCCAACUACAAAACCCCCACUGCACUAUCCUCUCUGAAUAAAGUCUUCCUUACCACUCUUUGA